AUGGCCUCCAAUAAAACUACAUUACAAAAAAUGGGAAAGAAACAGAACAGAAAGAGUAAAAAAGUUGAAGCAGCAGAACCCAAAGAGUUUGUGGUAGGAAAAGUGCUGGACAAACAUGUAGUUAAUGGGAAGGUGGAGUAUUUCCUGAAGUGGAAAGGAUUUACAGAUGCUGAUAAUACUUGGGAACCUGAAGAAAAUUUAGAUUGUCCAAAAUUAAUUGAGGCAUUCCUAGAUUCUCAAAAAGCUGGUAAACAAAAGGAUGGUACAAAAAGGAAAUCUUUGUCUGACAAUGAAUAUGAUGACAGCAAAUCAAAGAAAAAAAAAGAUGCUGCUGACAAACCAAGGGGCUUUGCCAGAGGUCUUGAUCCUGAGCGAAUAAUUGGUGCCACAGACAGCAGUGGAGAAUUAAUGUUUCUCAUGAAAUGGAAGAAUUCAGAUGAGGCAGACUUGGUUCUGGCAAAAGAGGCAAACAUGAAAUGCCCUCAAAUUGUAAUUGCAUUUUAUGAAGAGAGACUAACUUGCCAUUCUUGUCCAGAAGAUGAAUGUGAAGAAUAA